UUAUUACAAGGAUUGUAUUUUGGAAAGAUCAACGAAAAUUUCUCAAAACUAUUAGAUUGACUGCAUUAAACAGUUUAAACUCCUUGAAAAAUAUGGGUAUACCGCAUAUGGUUUUGAUACAUGGCUGGAUACCAUUUUCUUUUGUGAUUUUUGUAAUCUUGAUUUUUUCAUGGAUAUAUAUACGUUAUUACCAAGAUCGUUUGCAGUCUGAGCUUUCAACAACAUUGACUUCAAUCCUUGCCUUCAGUGUAACAUUGAUCACAUCAGCUCUGGUACCAAUAGAUAUUUUUCUAGCUUCAUACAUGAAGAAUCCCAAUGGCUCCUUUAAGAUUUGGGCAACCAAUGUCACAGAUAGAAGCUCAUUUGAAGACAACAUCAGUUACGCAUAUUAUGGUCUUUAUUCUAUUGUGAUUCUGUUUCUUUUUCUUAUCCUGCCGUUUAUGUAUUUCUACUUUGAAGAACAAGAUGACAAUGUUUCAUGCAAAGCGAGAUUUUGUGGCGCUGUAAAAUACACAAUGAUUUUCAUCAUUGCUGCUUCGGUGAUACUACUUGUUGGAAGUUUUGUUCCACUCAAAAGUCCUCCAAAGAAUGUUACUGAUUGGAAUGAUAAGAUGAAUUACCUAAAAGACGAAAUCAAAGCAUCUCAUGGAGAAACAGCUUUGACCUUUACAAUUGGUUUUCUUACGUUUGUUGGACUUCUAUCAAUAAUUACGUAUACAGCUUUUGGUAUGUCAGCAUUUCCUUUGGAGCUCAUUAAAGGCUACAGAAGUAUCAAGGAUGAAAGAUACACUUUGGAUGCGAAACGAGAGAAUCUCCAGUCGCAGAUUACUUUACUGACGGACAAGUAUUUUGGAAAACGACGCGUGCCUUCACGUCAUCGCUCCAGGUUGACGAAGCUUGAAGACGAGGAGAGGCUGCUAAGCAGGAGGCAGAGUCGCUUGGAAAAGGCCGAUGACAAAUGUUGCAAGAACUGUUUUGUACUAUGUCGACCAUUUCAUAUCGUUUUUGGAAUAAUCAGUUUCUUUUUGGCCUUAUUAAUUGUUGUUUCAUUGGUGAUUACUAGCAUCGACAAAGCAUUGCAUUCCUUUGGCUACAAAUAUGGAUACUCACUACCAGAUCCAAAGUUUGUCAAUCCAAUCAAUGAAGUGAUGCUUUAUGCACAGAAAGUGUUUCCACUUGAUUAUCUGCUGUUUUUUGCCAUCGUUUUUUAUUUUGUGUAUUGUACAAUGGUCGGAAUGAGGAAAAUCGGAAUUCGUUUCUUCUGCAUCAAAUUAUACAAGAUAAAACCACACAAGACAAUGCCCCAAGCGUUGCUUUUCUUUGUUUUUAUACUAAUGUACGUUGUGCUGGCAGUCAAUGUUGUUCUCAUGACGCUAGCUCCUCAAUACGUCAUGUAUGGCAAUCAAAAAUAUCAAGAAAAGGUACACAAUGUGAGCAACACGAGUUCUCUCGCCAAUACAACCUGGAGCCAAAACUACACCUUCAUAACCAAGGAUUGUUCCACUCGAGUGUCCAAUGAACAUUGUACAAUGAGUCGUAUCUCUGUUCUGUUGUCGAGAUUUUUCUACAAAGUUUGGUUCUUUGGUGUGUGUGAUUAUUGGGGGACAUGGAUGUUCAUUGUGGCAUUUCUCAUUGGACUACUGGUUUCUUGUUGUAAGGGGCGAAAAUCGUAUAUCGGAGAUAUCGACUCUAGUGAUGAUGACGAUUCUGAUAACGAGUUCGAACAUCGCUUUACCACGUGAUGUACACAUAUUGUGCAUCAAAACUAAAAGGUUCCCCUCCCGUACGGCUUCUCCAAUGUGUACUUAGUCUUAGAUGUCAUUAGGUAAAAGAGAGAGUCAGAGUGUCUAUUUUGUCAAAGGACUCAUUAUUCAGUUAUACGUAGUGUACAUAAUCGCAACCUUUUAGGACAUUGUACUCUCGGAAGUCAUCUAAAAGAAUUUCACUGCAUCAAAUAAACAUGAAGUUGUACUUAUUUAAAUGUUAGUAAUGAACGUCUUGAAACAUGGUGUCGCUAGAGGAA